CCCCCGGCGGCCACGUUGACAGGGCGGGCGUGGGCCGUGUUCGCCGGGCGGUGUCGGGGUGCGGGUACCCGGUGCGGGAGCGGGGCCGCUGCCACAGUAAAAAUGUCUUCGCCUCCCAAAGAGAAAGCAGAGACGCGGGCCGGACACCCUCCUGCUGUGAAAGCCGGUGGGAUGCGGAUUGUGCAGAAACACCCACACAAUUCAGAUGCCAAAGAAGAAAAAGAUAAGGAUGACCAAGACUGGGAAACCAGCAGCCCACCUAAGCCAGCGGUGUUCAUCUCCGGUGUCAUUGCUAGGGGUGAUAAGGACUUCCCUCCAGCUGCAGCUCAGGUGGCUCAUCAGAAGCCACAUCCUUCUGUGGAGAAGCUUCCUCACCCGCAGCAUGUCAAACAGCACAUCCACCAGCCUCGCAAGUGAGCUCCCGCCAGGAUCUCCGCCAGCCUGCUUCGGUGACUGUUCUCAAGAGAAGACAAAAACCCUUUAGUAGUCACACUGUCAAAUCUGUAAAAUUGACAUCUAAAAUAAUAUGCUGUUUCUUUUACUUUAAUUCUCAAGGGUUAAUAAGAAUGAAGACAUUGUUCAGUUGUUAUCCCAGAUGGAAAAUUCUGUAUUGAGUAUUUGCUGAUCAGGGUUGCUUUUUUAUAAGAUUUUCUUAUUGCCAAGAUAAAAACUUCAGUAUGAAUAAUAUGAUUAAUGGGCUUAAAAUUUGUACUUUUAGUUGUGGACUCACAGUAGCAGAUAGUUAAUGUAGUUUUUAUGCUAAGCCAGUAAAGAAGAACAGCCCUUUUGUACUGGUACCUUUACUGUCUGGAGGGAGUUUGUUGGGUGUGUUGAGAGAGAAGUCAUUGGUUGUCUUGAUUAUGUAGAACCCUUGUAGCCUUCAUUAUCCUAUAGCAUUCCACUCCAGUGCCCUCUGGAUUCAACCAGGGAGAUGAUGAUAGGGCCCCCAUACAUUCUCAAGUGGGCAGAGAUCCAGCUGAAUCUUCUUUACACCCCUUUGCCCUCUCACAGUCUUGCUGAGAUUCUUCCCUCUGGUGGUCUGUGGGAAUGGAGAGAAUAGAGAAAUCAGAAUUACAAGAACACUGCUGCUGUAGACAGCUCAUUUGUAAUCUCAUGGUCUCAGUGGGGGCUGUAUUUUUGAGGUGAUGAUUUCACAUUCCAAUAGCAAGCUGAAGGAGUUCGUGACCCUCCAUACUGAACUUAAAAUAAGUUGGUGAAAAAUCUGUUUCCUUUUUUUAAUUUAGAAUAUGAGAUCACCUUUUGAAACUAAGAGGUACCAUUAGUAAAUAUGUUUAUGAUUCAAUCUCUUUUGUACAUCUUUUUUUUUUUCCUAGUCUUCUUAUUCUGAAAUACAAUAGUGAUAUGAGGGAGUAAAAAGAAAGUAAUUUCCAAACAGAGCAAUCAUUUUAUUUUUACCAGAUAAUUAAAUAAUUUAAUUUCUCAGUUCAAAAUCACUUAGCUCUGUAAUUUUCCUUCCGUAACUCACCUCUGUAAAAACCAGGAAAAAUUUUUAUACAUUCUACCUAUUUUAAAGUGUCCUUCUGUUUUUAACUGACUAUAAAUACAAUACAGCCUUUGGCUUAUAAAGCCUCCAGGUUUAUAAAGUUUCUAAUGAUGUCAGAAAAAGUGGGAGCUAAUGUUGCAGCCAUUCACCUGGCAAAUCACUGACAUUUUAAGGUCACUUGGGGCUUUACCAGUUUUUUGUGGUUAAAAAACAGUGGGAAAAGUUUAAAAAUUACUUUUUUUUUUAAAUUCUGCAGAUAUAAUUAUAUUCUGAGUAGCUGAUUUAAAACAACAGCAACAAAAUUAUGGGAAAUAUGGCCCAUUUCACAAAUGGAACAACUCACUUUGCGUGGGAGCGAGGGACCUGACAUUUCCAUCUCUUCGUAGGCUUGAAAUGGAAAUGAUGUUUUACAAAUUAUAUGCAUGGACAUAUUUAUUCUAAACCCAAGGAAGGAUGUACAAUCUGCAAAUGCAGUCCUUAUUUCCAAUUUGAUGAGGAACCAUACUUGCCUUAAGGAACGAGUGGUGUUUGUAAGAAUUAUUCUGUAUUAGAGUAUGCGUAACUUUUCAAAUCUGAUCUCUGUUUCUGAUGUCGGUGGAGCAGAGGCCUUGUUUGUAGCUGCUUAUGAGUGUACAAGUGAUUCACACCUGAGCAAGUCAUUCAUAAGGGUAGCACGGCUGAGCCUCUUGGACUCUGUGCAGGAGAUGAUUUGCUGGCAGGAAUGUUUGCAGGCACGGCACAGGAGGGGGUUGGUGGUGCAGCCGUAGCUGUCCGAGUGCUGUGUCAGCGAUGGUGCAGAGCAUCGCUGUCACCUCUGGUACCUGCUGGCCUCAGGGGGAGCUGCGUGGGAUCCAGCUCUGCCUCCUGCUGUGCCUGCACCUGAAGCAGUGCCUAGAGCCCGGUGUAGUCAGUGGUGGUGCAGUCGGGAGAGUCAGCAGAGCUUAGGUAUGGCACCGUUGACCAAAGGGAAGAGUCUUACAGGAUUAACUGGAUUGCUCUUGGCUCCACUGACUGCACUGGGAAACUAAACCUUGGUGUGGAGGCACACGGUGAGGUGGGGCUGGGUACCUCUGCUCCAUGUCUUAUAAUAGGUAAAAACGGUUCUGAAAGCCACACCACAUCUCCAUUCUGACAGUAAGGAGCAUGGAUGCUUUCAAAUUGCAAACUACUGCUCCUGGUUAUUAAUGCAAUAUAUACAGCAUAUAUAGACAAUACCUGAUUUUUGUCUUUGAUUAGAUAGUUAUGUAAGUUUGUACAAUGAGGUAUGGCUCUUAAGAUAGCUUUAGUGGCUUUUAGAGUGCAGAAAUUCCUAUAUGAUUAGAAAAUGUCUCUGUAUGAAAGCUAUAUAUUGUUGGGAGGUAUCCAUGUUUAUACAUAGAUGUCCUUACCUAAGCAUUACCUUUUCCAAAGUAAUCAUAACUGGUGAACUGGAUUUCUUACUGAUGGUUAUUGAUACUUUUAAAAUAUGUUGCAAUAGCAUAUAAGCACAGGAGAUGUUCAGAUGUUACCUUGAAAUAACUGCAAAAGAAAUUUGCUGUAAUUGUCAAUGUGGCAGUAAUGCAACAAUAAAGCAUGAAGUUGUAUAUUGGGCUCUUUUUUCUCCGUAAGUGCAAUGUAAAUCAGCAGGGUGCAGCUUUGUGGCAUUUAUGGGAUUUUAUUACAGAUUGCUGCAUGACUAAUCAAUGUUUUAUAGAUAGUGCAACUUAUUUUGAAGUUUUAUGACACAGUGGAUGAGCUGUUUUGAAUAGUCCAGUCUCAUGCAAAAUAAAAAGUAGAUGCUACCAGCUA